UGGAAGUGGUCACACUCACAUGGCCCCACAGAGGAGGCCAGUGUUCACAGGGCAGGGUGAGCAUGUCCAACCUCAGCCAGACCAAUUUAGCCCUUGCCAAACCUGGGACUACAACCCUGCCCAGUGGAGCUGGCCAGUGGAGCCCUCAGGCCCUGGUCUGAGACACUAUUCCCCUGUGAGAGAACAAUGUGGCUGUGUGGGACGGGGUGGAGGUGACGCUGUUGGGACGGCGACCGGGACACACCCCUUCAACAGCAGCAGACACGCGUCAGCCUUGUCACUCCCCCCGGACCCAGACCCGGCACACAUACAGACAGACAGGCAGACUAGCUAUAACUACAAUCCAGAGGGGCACAGACAGGCUAGUUAUGGUUCGGAAGAGCAGAUCUGGGGUCAGCCGAAACACAGACAGGCCAGCUGCAGUUACAGUUUGAAAGAUCAGCCAAAACACAGGCCAGAAAGACAGGCUAGCUACGGUCCACAGGAACUACUCAGACAGGCUAGUUACGGCUACAGUCCAGAAGAACAGAUCUGGGAUCAGUCGAAACACAGACAGGCUAACUACAGCUACAGUCCAGAAGACAAGCCGAUACACAGACAGACUAGCUACGGUCCAGAAGAACAGAUCUGGGAUCAGUCGAAACACAGACAGGCUAGCUACAGCUACAGCCCAGAAGAGCAGGUCUGGAGAUGUACUGCUGGUGGCGAACACGAUCAUUUGGACAGGUGUGUACCACUGGAACAAGGAGAUUUACACUCCCACAUGCCAAAUGGAUGCUGUGGCGGUGGUGGUCCCAGCCCCAGGCCUGUGUCCUCUCGGGGCAGGGGAGAUAGAGCUAACCUCCAGGAGAGGUCUACUAGAUUAAAGGCUGGAGGAGUUGGUGGUGGGGCAGAAGAGGACGGCUGUAAUGGACAACAUGUCCCUGCUGGCUCUAGCUCUGAGGGUUCGGUCCGGGAGAAGCAGGGUUCGGUCCGGGAGAAGCAGGGUUCGGUCCGGGAGAACCAGAGUUUGGUCUGGGAAAACCAGGGUUCGCUCCGGGAGAAGGAGGGUUCAGUCAGGGAGAAGGAGGGUUCGGUCCGGGAGAACCAGAAUUCGAUCCGGGAGAAGGAGGCUUCGGUCCGGGAGAAGGAGCGUGCGGUCCGGGAGAACCAGGGUUCGACCCAAGAGAAGAUGGGUUCGCUCCGGGAAAAGCAGGGUUCGGUCCGGGAGAACCAGGGUUCGAUCCGGGAGAAGGAGGGUUUGGUUUGGACGAAGGAGGGUUCUGUCUGUGAGCAGAUCAGACAGGUGGUGUCAGACCUGGAGGGGGUCCUGGGUGGUCUCAAACAGGUCCACGUGGAGAUGAAGGAGGUGGUCCAACAGAUAGAUUGUCUGACAGCUAACAUUGACCUGGGAGAGGAAGAGGGAUCAUGUAACAAGUCCCCUAGUAGUGGUGACGGUCUCCCCAAACCCAGAGACUGUAGAGGUGGUGACGGUCUCCCCAAACCCAGAGACUGUAGAGGUGAUGACGGUCUCCCCAACCCCAGAGACUGUAGAGGUGGUGACGCCCUCAACCCCAGAGACUGUAGAAGUGGUGACACCCUCCCCAACCCCAGAGACUGUAAAGGAGCCCUGAUGUUCAACCAGGGAUACCAGAGACCACAGUACAGAGACAUGGAACGUACCGUCAACAACAAGACUACUAGGGUCCAGGUGCACAACCACUGGACUAAUACAGGGGGCCUGGUCCACAACCAUAAGACUCCUGGGGAUCAUGGACCACAGCGCAGAGACAUGGAUCAUACUGUCAUCAUACAUGACCCUCCUUCCGACCCCAGAGGUGUCCCUGGGGUCCUUGUGUACAACCAGAAGACUAAUGGAGACCAGGGAGUCCCCCUACUGUACAGACGCCCUGACCAUACUGUCACCAUACGAACUACCUCCCCGUCCCCUGUCCUCACUGCAUCUGUCAUCCAGACCAACCGGGUUUGGGUCACAGCCCUGAGCCCCCUGAGCCCCAUGGGCUCCAAAGACCCCAAACAGGACAGACGGGGGUUCAACGGACACCUUCCUCUACCCGGUCCAGGUAGAGGACUGAACCCCCCAAACCCCACCAGAGCUAGAAAUUACCCCCUCCCUACCCAUACCCUUAUGGACUCACCUGUCUGACCCCACAGCCAUGGCUGAUUACAGUGUCCCCUCUCCCAUGGUCGGAUACAGUGUCCCCACUCCUAGGAGCCAGAAACCUCCACUGUACCCCCACCACAACGGACGGGUGGAGAGGCUCAGUAAGGGUCUGGCCCAGAGCCACCCUACCCUACCCGCCCAGCCCACCUAGCACUGCCGGGUCCUACCCCACCUGGCCCAGAGCCACCCUACCCUACCCACCCUAACCACCCCGACCCACCUGGCCCAGUCACCCUACCCUGCCUCCCAGUGACCAAGAGACACCCCCCUACCCGGGGAAAGGCCCCAGCAUGGUAUGAGGGGUCAGGGGACAGCCUCACUGCCACGGGGGCCGGGAACAUAUAGGACAAGGACAGACCUACACUGAUAAGUUGUCUGAGUUGGACUGCUCGUGAGGCUGUAUUCAUCCAGGGGGCUGCACGCUGACACCGGAGAAGGAGUGGGGUCCUAGUCAGACUCAGGCGGCGUGCGCAACAACCACCGCUUCCGAGUGUAUUACUCGCUAACGGAGCCCUGACGUGGUGAAGAGAUGACAUGUCAAUCAGUGGUGGACAUGGUCAGAGCUCACCCUGAAGGGGGGGGUAUUUCCAAGUGAAAACUCUCCAGACAGACAGAAUGGGGAUUCCACGUUACAGCCUGCAAUGCACAGUAUGAAGCAACCACUUCAACAUACAUUAACAUGUACAGUUGAAGUCGGAAGUUUACAUACACUUAGGUUGGAGUCAUUAAAACUCGUUUUUCAACCACUCC